UGUAGAGCAUACAUCCAACGAAAGUUCGACCCCAACUCUGAAGGCUUAGAGAGUUAGAGAGAGAAAGAAGAGUGAGAAAUGGUCGCCUAACUUGACUCCCUCUUUAUAGAGAGAGAGAGAAGAGAGGAAUAGAGUUGAAAUCGCCAUGUUAUCUGACAAGGAGUGAGGUUUCCUAUGUGUCUGCCCACACCAUUAACUGAGAGAGAGAGAGAGAGAUAUUCACAUCAUCCUUGAAAGAAAGAGAGAGCUAGAGAAAGAAAUACAUCUCCUAGAAAGAGAGAGAAAUUUAGAGAGAUUGGUUUGAGAAAGAGUCUUUGAUUUCCUUGACUAUCACCCUGCUAAGAGAGAGAAGGAAAGAAAUGGAAGAACAAAUGUCAAUGCUCUUCUAUUCAGGCUCGUAUCCAUCACCCAAGAAGGACGUGAGACAAAGGCGUAGGAGAAAGAAGGGGAAGGGAACCGAGUCAGAGCUAAAGAAGCGACGACUGAGUGCUGAGCAAGUCAGCUUCCUCGAAAUGAACUUUGGAAGCCAGCAAAAACUCGAGUCGGAGAGGAAAGCUAAACUCGCUUCGGAACUGGGCUUGGACCCGCGUCAGGUAGCUGUUUGGUUCCAAAACAGGAGGGCUCGGUGGAAAAACAAACAAUUAGAGGAAGACUUAAAGUUGUUAAAGUCUCAAUAUGAGGCUGCGGCCAAUGAGAAGAGAGAACUUGAAGCCGAGGUUAUGGAGCUAAGAGAGAAGCUUUCAGUUGCUGAGAAUGAAAUCGUGCGGCUCACAGAGGGCUCAAAUGUGACAUCAAAGGCUGAGAAGAGCAGCAGCCCAUCCUCUUCUUUAAUGGGGGACUUUGAGCCAGAGCAGCCUAAUAACUUUAUGAUAAUGCCAGACAAUAUCAGUAUUAAUACUUUGGAAUGGUUUAAUUACUAUGCUAACCUCUUCUAAUGUGCAUAAUAUGUGUAGACUAAUCCAUGUAAAUGAUUACCAUUUUAACCAUAAUUAAUAUCAUGUGUAGCUUGUUUGGACAAAUUCAAUGUGGAAAUGCUUUUGUCAA